UCUUGAAUCAUAAGCACCACGUUUUUUUCUUCUUCUUUACAACCACAAAAGCAAUGAUGUCACCUUCUCAAGCGUCAACAAACAAAACUGGUGUUCACCAAAAAAAAAAAAUACUGGUAACGUAUACAAGUCAAAAAACAAAAAACCAUUUCUUCCUCAAAUUUCUUUUUAAUCUUUAGUUCUACAUUUCUGGCGACUUUUAAGUCUUCUAGACAAACGACUUUAGUCUUCUUUCUUACCUAUAAAAAAAUUAAACAACUUUUAAAAGAAGACCAUUUUACAUUACUGCUUUAGUGCUUAGUGAUAAUAAUUAUCAAUCACACUCUAAAACCUGCAAAAACCCCUUAAAAAAAUCUCCCUUAAACCCUUAUUUUCUCUCUCCUCUCUGACUUAAAAACAUAAUUCAAUGAAACAUGGAGAAACAUUCUAUUCUAAGUUGGUUCUUUGUGUACUUAAAUCUCGUAUUUUUUCUGGGAUACUAUGAUUAUUCAUUUGCUGACCCACUUCCGUACAAUUCAUUCACCAUUUCUAGUUUCAAUUACCCACAAACAAAGCUCAAACCUUAUGAAUGGCGUUAUAUUAGAGUUGAUUUGCCGCCAUGGUUUUCUUCGAUGUCUAUCGGACUACAAUCGGAUGUCGACCUUGACCCUGGAAGUGUGGAAAAGAUUUCCAAAAGUACGCUGCCACUGAUUUGCUUCAGAGAUGGAAGUCCCCCUCUGCCUGAUUCUUCGAACAAGGCUUUGAAGCAUCUAGUUUUAGGAUCUCUUUCAAAUGGAUCAAUUGGAGCCAUUGAAGGCCUGCAAAAUGCAGAGCUUUGCUACCCUUUGGAGAAAAGGGUAUCUUUGAAAUUAACAAAUGAACAGAUAACGCCAGGUGUCUUGUAUGCUGGCCUCUUUAAUGGAGUUGGAGCUAUGAGGACACAGUCAAAGAUGAUUAGUAGAGGAAGUCCAUACUCCUUUACUGCAAAUGUGAGUGUGGAAGGAUGUGUAACAUCAAACUUGUGGGGCCAAUUUUGUAACCAGAGUAUCAGAGCACUUUCUUGUUCUCAAUUUAAUGCUGAUCCUUUGACAAAUGAAUCUGUUGCUGACUUAAAUGAUAGAACUACAAAUCAUGUGGUUUCUUGUGGAAAUUAUGUUGAAUAUACUUGCCUUGGGGAUAAUGGAACCAGAGUCUACUCCUUGGAAGUAAUCGGAAUAGUAGAGCGAUUGACCUUUUCUGCAACAAACAUCCGACUAAACAAAACAUCAUCAGUUAACAACGCAGAUAAAUUUGGAACAUUUGCUAUAAUGUGUUAUGCUCGGUAUGGUUCAAUUGCUCUGGCAACCAUGCAUGAUUUCUCUGGUGACAUAAGUAAAGGCUCUCUAAUUGUCCCAUUACCAAAGAUAGGUCGCUGGUAUAUCACUAUUGCCGCUGUUAAUUUAACUGUAGGAUUUGAUGUGGUUCAAAAUAGUGUUUCAAGAGUUUGCUACUCCCUAGUAUGGCAGGUGGCUGAAUGCCCUUUGGGAAAAGCUGGUUUUAACUGUUCUUCGGAAAUAUACACGCUUCAGACAGUUUUGAGGAAAAAUCCAUCUGUUCCCUUUGAAUCUUAUUAUUUGCCGCUGGAUGGGAAAGUGUCUUCUAAUUCAGCCAACUUCCCUCUUGGACCCCUUUUAAGCAACGUGACAUUCACAACAAAUUUAGGUGCCACUUGGACUUACUUUGUCCUUGACAUUCCUCGUGGUGCAGCUGGUGCAAAUUUGCACUUCAAACUAACAUCAGAAGAAAAGGUUGCUUAUGAAAUAUAUGUGAGAUAUGGUGGGCUUCCAUCUGCUGAUAUAUGGGAUUUUUACUACAUAAACCAUACGAACAGCAGCGAUGGUUCUAUGUUUUUCCUUCUCUAUAAUUCUAGCAAAGAGAUGGUGGAUUUCUAUGCCUUAUACGCUAGGGAAGGAACCUGGAGUUUUGGAUUGAGGCAUCUGAGCUCCAUUGAUAGUGCAUCCUCACAGAAGACAGCAGUUUCCAUUUCUCUUGAAAGGUGUCCUAAGAGAUGUUCUAACCCUCAUGGAACAUGUCAAAAUUUUGUAGAUGAAAGUGGUUUGACAGUAUACAGCUACUGUGCUUGUGACCGGACACAUGGAGGGAUUGAUUGCAGCAUUGAAAUUGUAUCUCAUCGAGGACACGUGUGGCAAUCAAUUUCUCUUAUUGCAUCUAAUGUUGCUGCUGUUCUUCCUGCAUAUUGGGCUUUCCGAAAUAAGGCAUUUGCAGAGACGAUUAUCUUUAUGUCCAGUGGAAUUUCGAGUGGACUUUAUCAUGCUUGUGAUGUGGGCACCUGGUGUGCGUUGACAUAUCAUGUAUUACAGUUUAUGGAUUUCUGGCUGUCUUUUAUGGCUGUGGUGAGUACGUUUGUGUAUUUGGCUGCAAUCGAUGAAGCUACAAGGAGAACAAUCCAUGCUGUGGUAUCAAUUUUUACAGCUUUAAUGGCCAUAACUGGGGCAACAAGGUCUGCAAAUUUAGUUCUUGUAAUCGUCAUUGGGGCAACAGCUCUGUUUGUUGGUUGGCUCAUUGAGCUGUCCACUAAAUACAGAUCAUUGUCAUUCUCUGCAGGAUUUUGUUUGAGUGAAAUGUUCAGCUGGCACAACGUAAGAACAUCACUUCAUAAUUGUGUUAAGAUGCUGUUGAAGCGUUUCCGUUUGGGUCUUUUGCUGGCUGGUUUUGUUGCACUGACAAUGGCUGCUGUAAGCUGGAAACUUGAAACUUAUCAGAGUUACUGGAUUUGGCAUAGUUUAUGGCACGUGAGCAUAUACACAUCUUCUUUUCUCUUUCUUUGCUCGAAGGUUACACCUAGAGCAGCCGAUGUUGAGAACCAGAGACCAGAAAAUGGUAACUACCAAUUGACUCGACAGCAAUCGAUAUCUCGUGGAGGUGAUUAGAGUAGAGCUCUUAACUUUAUGUGCUGAAGACGGCUUACAUUAUGAUACCUGUUUCUUGGAUACAUCUCAACUAUCCAUGUGGUUAGAUUUUGUAUGGAGUGAACUUCUGCAAAAUACGGGGUUGAGUACAGUACUACAGUAUAGUGAAUAUAGUAAAAUAUUGAACACAUUGAAAAGGCUAGAAAUGCAAUAUAUAGGUCAAGGGAAGAUCAAAGAUUUUCCUCCUUGUAGUGGAAAGUGUCUUUCCCUGGUUGCUCAUGUACAGAGAAAAAAAAAAGUUUUCUCCUUUGAAUAUGAUGUAGCUACACUGGACAUGGUAUAUAGAUCAAUAUACCUCAUUUCUGAUA